AUGCAAGAACAACAAAUUGAAAUUCAAAACUUGAUUAAUAAAUUAAACAUUGAUCAAAGAGUAAUUGUAGAUCAAAUUGAAGAACCUGAAGAUGUUUCAAUAUUUGAUGAAGAAACUAUAAAUCAAGUUUUACAUCCAGAUGAAGUAAAUAAUUUAUCAGAUUCUGAUGAAUCAGAAAUAGAACCAGAACCUUAUAUUAGCUGUAUUGAGGCUACUAAACUUUUUGGAAAAGCUUUUAUUUUUGGAGCAACAAGAUGA